AUGAAACUCCUACUCCUCUCCCUCCUCGCCCUCCAAGCGACCGCCUGGUCGCUGACUAUCUACUUCACCGACGGCGGCCACAUCACCAGCACCGGCCGCCUCCACUCGGGCUGCAAGGCCUACGACCUCCCCGUCCACAACCGCCAGGUCAACCGCGCCUCCUUCAGCGAGAGCACCUUCGCCGACGCCUUCGAGUUGUUCAGCGACAAGGACUGCCAGAGUCGAGUGUUUCGGGAGGGCAAGGGCAGUCAUCGCGUGCAGCCGCCGCGGCGGAAUUUGAUGGAUCUCCGAAAUCUCCCCCACAAUCCGGUACUCGUUCCGCCGAUUCCGCGCAUGGAGGGCGCGGGGAUCAUUCCUCAAGAUCCGUCGCCGCUGCGCGCAAUUCUGCGAGUAGAGCCGACACUUCUUACCAACGAUGACAAGUCCCUCAAAGUCCAGGUAUUGUCCGGCGCUUUUGGGAACCAGCAUCUUCAGAUGAUUCAGCCGCCAUAA